AUGCCGAGUCGAGAAUUUGGAUUGCCGUCGGUGCGGAGACUUAUUCAAAAGAAGAUGGGGCUGAGUGAUCAAGUCGAGCCGCUUUUUGUGAGGAAGAUAGAAGAAAACGGUAUCAUGGAAGACGUAAACAAAGACAGAUGGGACAGCGCCAGAUUCGAGAGGGCUGAUAUCGUUGAAGUUUAUUUUGGAUUGUACGCAAAAUACGUAAGGGCUCAUUUUUUUGGUGACGUUGCCGAAAAUGGCAGUCAAAACUUUGUGAGAGUCUAUGAGAUCUUUAGAUCGCACUAUGCAGAGUGAAUAAUGCCGGGAAAAUCGUGACACUCUGUUUUGCGGAUAUGGUUUUUGCUGCUAGCCCGCGCUAUCCACUGGAGGCGCAAAAUUUCAUCUUAAUCUCGAUGCAUUCAGAUGCCCUGCUAGGCCUGCUUUUUAACUCCGCUUUUAUUAAAUUUACUCUGUUAUUAUUCAGCGGCCAAAAAAAGGAAAUGUGGGCAAGCUCACCAUGAAGGAGAAGAAGUUCAAAGACCGUCUCGAUAAGAUCAAAGAGGAGCUCCCCGAAUUGUGGAAGCAUUCCAACCAAAGUCCCACCAAAACAGUCGACGUCAGGGUGCCGGACGGCUUCUGGAGCCCGGGUAGGCGCCCAACGAGAGAGGGGCUGAGAUCACAGGCGGAAGAAACAACCAACGAAGCACCAGAAAGGACCAUGGAGGUCGAUGAGGUUGAGAACAACGAGCCAGAAACAUCCAGAUCUCAAGAACAGCUUCGAAAGUAUAGGGAGUUGGUGAGUAAUUUAAUAUAGGGGAACGAACUCAUGUACAGCGAAAUGCUAGAGGACAAAAAAACUAAUUUUUAAUAGAGGAGGUUCGCUGUGCGGAGUUUUAUUUUUAAAUUUGGCUCUAGGGGCAGAAAUUGCAGGAAAAACAUUGGUUUUGGUUCAAUGGCAGUUUGUUGUACAGGGAUUAGUCGGUAUGAUAAUGUGUGGCAUUUCCAUGACAAACGAUUUUAGAAGACACCUUUGUGAUCGUUGGAGUAAAAAAUUUUAGUUAUAGGAAGCCGGUUUACGGUCGUUUUGGGGAAUGUGAAUGUUCAAAAAUAUGAAAAUUUUUGGUCGAAUUUUUUCUAGAUGACAAGUUGUGAUAUUUAUUUUGGAUUUAUGAUGGUAGGCCCUAGAUAGUAUGUUCUUGUUUAACUGCACCAUAGAUUUUCCGAAAAGCUAAUCCCACAUAGAAAACUUUUUUUGCUUUUAUAAAAAUGAUGAAAAUUAAUUUCAGGCCACUCCAAAACGUCCCGUCUCGCUAACUCCAGCUCAAGUUGAAGACCAAGAUAAGUUGAUGAAAUUCAAGCUUCUCGAUAUUAUCAAAAAACAUAGAGCGGAUAGACUUCUCAGAGACAUUGAAGAAAAGAAAAUCGAUGCUCGAACUUAUCAGGAUCUCGCCACUUGUUUGGCUGAUCAUAUCACACGUGAGACGUGAGUAAAUUCAUUGGCUGAAAAGUUAUCUAAAUCUAAAUUCAGGACAACAUUGUGGACCAAAAAUGAGAUUUAUGACGUCAUUGUGGGCUAUCUCAGUGACUUUGAUUUCCUGGAUAUCAACGAACUUUUGGGACCCAACAAUCCUCGGCUCCCGAAUCGGCUGAGGGCUUUGAAAAACAAGCGAAUGUCAUGA